CAUCAAUCGAUAUUUUUUCACGACUUAUUGACUCUUAACGCAUCAGAUUUUUCCCCCUCUAACAAUUUUAGGUAUCCGAUAGGUAUCCGAGAAGCAACAGAUAUGCAGCCCAUCUUUUUCUUGCUUAUGCUGCUUUUUGGUUUCACCCUUGCAGCCCCGAUUAUCAAGGCCGAUACACUUGAAACAGCAGUCUUUAAACGCCCGAUCUUUUCAACCAUCAGAACCGAGACUGAUAAAGCUGGGCCACAGCCUGAAAAUAAUGCUGCUCGAUCAAAAGCUUACAAGGGUGACCGUCAAAAGAGUUUGGUAGGUCAUAUCGGCGACGCAGAAGAAUCAGUUUCAAAGUACAAGAUCGAAAAGAAGCCUGGGCUUAGCAAACUGUUAGCAAGCCUUGGUCUUUGAAGAAUACGAAAUGCUGGUAGAUUUGGAGAAAAACGGUUGCGCCAUUUGGCAAAGGUUUAUGAGCAAGAUGGGACUCCGAUUCUGUUCUAUAGAUGGGUGCCUUGAUCUGGGUUUUCGCCCAGACUUAUAGGGUUUUCCCCAGAUUGUGAUGCGAAUGCAAAGGCCAACCUCUUCAUUUACGUCGUGCUCCCCUUAGCUUAGAUUGUGAAUAUUGCGUGUUUUGGAGCAGGUGAAAGGG